UUUAGGCUUAUUCGGUGGAAGUGGCGGAAGUAGUGGAAGUGGUGGUGGUCGUAGUCGUAGUCUUGGACAAUCUUUCAGACCGGCAAUGCGAAGCAAUUCAAGAAAUCUUCAGAGAAACAAACAAGUUCGUGUUUCGGUUACGAAAAUUGGCGGCUCAAGAAAGAGCAAGAGAAAAUGUAAGAGCAAGAAAUGCAAACGACGAAAGCGCAAAAAUAAGAAAAACAAGAAGAAGAAGAGCAAGAAGAGCAAGAAGAGCAAGAAGAGCAAGAAGAGCAAGAGGAGCAAGAAGAGCAAGAAGAGUAAGAAGAGCAAGAGGAGCAAGAAGAGCAAGCGAAGACGUUGCAAGUACUGUGUGGUUAUACCUCCCAAUCAAGGUGUGCAAACACCAUCGCCUGCAACUACCUCUGGCUCCGGAAGUAGCACCACUUCUUCAGCGACAUCAACAUCUGCAUCGGCUGAAACAACUGCAUCUUCGGCAACUUCUGCAUCUUCGGCAACUUCUGCAUCUUCGGCAACUUCUGCAUCUUCGGCAUCAGCAUCAACCGCACCACCAGCCACAACUAUGUCUACCGCUGCGUCAAUGUCGUCUUAAAACUCCAAUCCCAAUGGUCCAUAAAAAUGAUUUACCGAGCGCAAUUCAAUUUGGUUUCGAUUCAUUUUCUCUAAUUAUUUCAGCCAAAUAAAUGGCAUUUCAAA